UUGUCAAAGCAAAGACCCUCCAAGAGCUCAUGAAGACCGAGGAAGAAAUGUGGUUCAGCUGAGGAGCCUGCUGUUCAUUCUCAGUUAACUCUAUCAAGACCUGAGUUGGUGGACCACUUCCUCCCUUAGAUGCUUAAGGUUUCUGGAGAUCCAUCCGUACUUGCAAUUAACCUUCAUACUUUUAAAAUAUGAUCAAAUGUUUUAUAACGCUGAACUUUCUUUCCCUACUCAGCUAGACUAGAGUAUUUGGAAUGGUGAACGUAUCUAGAAUGGGAAGAAAGAUGCUCGAGGUAGAGUACCUCCCUCCCCCCCCUCCACACACACACACACACACACACACACCAUUUAAAUUCUCGAUACAUUCGUGGAGGUAGAAGUAUUCAUUCUGGGCUAUGGUGAUCUUUUAGGAUUAGAAUCAAAAGCACCAGAUUCCCUCAAGAAAAAGAGGUGGGAAAUUGUAAAUACCUUUGUUAUUUAAGUGUUACUCCUACAGCUUUCCAGACCCUUUCCCCAUAUAAGAAUUCAGGAAGAGCAAAUGAAGAUGAAUUCUAGCGCAUUUCCCCCUCCUCACUAUUCAGUGUUUGCAAGUGUCAUGUCUGAAGAAGGGAUGUCAGGGGACUUGGGGAAGGGGGAAAGUAAAAGCCAUUUUUCAAUCUUCUGGCAAAUAUAUUUGAAAAGGGGAGGGGGAAAUGGCUCCACAGAGUGUGAUGGAGGAGUGAAAGCGUUUCUGACCCCCAAUUCUUAUUCCCACCCACAAGCAUUCCUGUCUCUUUCGGGAAAAGGAUCGUGUUGAGUAUGUACUAGAUUACACAUUCCGGGUGCAACUUCGUGAUCUGGAUCAAUAAUGGAGCUAUAAAGACCUUGCACCUGCAAAUAAGUCAUAGCAUUCAAUCCUAGGAAGCCUUGUGAUUCUCCCACCAACCUCUUUCCCGCCUCCCCACUCCAUUCACACCUCCCCCCCCAAAAAAAAAGUGUAUGAAGAGAAAAUGAGCCUUUAGCGCCCCCCCCCCCAGCUCCCGCCUCCCUUCUUUCUCUCUCUCUUUCUCCUCCCCCCACCCUUUGCCUCUCUCCUCGGCUCUCCUCCUCACCCUCCCUUGCCGGACCUAGGGAGACAGCUGAGAAGAAAGCAGCGACUGCAUCUACUAAAGGUGACGGACAGCAAGGCUGUGAUUCAUGCCUGCGUAGGAGCGGAGCAGAGAGGAACAGAGCGGAUCCGCGUCUUGCACAGAGCAUCCAGAAGCGCUCCUGAGCAACCAAGGCUGUGGAAGAGCUAAGCACCAAGUCAACACCAGGUGCAUUUUCAGCACCUAAGUGCAUGGAAUAAGGGCGUCGUGCCACCCGGAGUUAAUAAACAUCUGUCCUUUGCCCAGCUUCUGAAGUGCGCGAUUUCCCGGUCGUCCUCCUGCUUUCCGGAGACUCGGAGUCCGCCAACCAGCUCGCGCAGACUACCUUCGUCCGCAAUUUCGGCUCCUUAACUAACAAUCCACUUUCCACGUGAAAGAACCCACGACAGUAGACAGACUUGGUACUCUCACAACAGAGCAAAUGGCAUCUUCGGCACCUUCCUCCUCCUCCUCCUCUUCCAACCCUGGCCCGGACUCCAACCCCACCAACCUGCGUCCUACGACUUAUGACACCUGGUGUGGGGUGGCCCACGGAUGCACCAGAAAAUUGGGACUCAAGAUUUGCGGCUUCUUACAAAGGACCAACAGCCUGGAGGAGAAGAGUCGGAUUGUGAGUGCCUUCAAGGAAAGGCAAUCCUCAAAGAAUCUAAUAUCAUGUGAGAACAGUGAGCGAGAGGCACGGUUCCGCCGAACUGAGACUGACUUCUCCAACCUGUUUGCCAGAGACCUGCUUCCAGCCAAGAAUGGGGAAGAGCAAACUGUGCAGUUCCUUUUGGAGGUGGUGGAUAUCCUCCUUAACUAUGUGAGGAAGACUUUUGACAGAUCAACCAAGGUGCUGGACUUCCACCACCCACACCAGUUGCUGGAGGGAAUGGAGGGCUUCAACCUAGAGCUAUCUGACCACCCUGAGUCCUUGGAGCAGAUUCUCGUGGACUGCAGAGAUACUCUGAAGUAUGGAGUUCGAACAGGUCAUCCUCGAUUUUUCAACCAACUUUCUACUGGACUGGAUAUUAUUGGCUUAGCCGGUGAGUGGCUGACAUCAACUGCCAAUACCAAUAUGUUUACAUAUGAAAUUGCCCCAGUGUUUGUCCUCAUGGAGCAAAUAACCCUUAGGAAGAUGCGAGAGAUUGUUGGAUGGUCAAAUAAAGAUGGCGAUGGCAUAUUUUCUCCAGGGGGUGCCAUAUCCAAUAUGUACAGCAUCAUGGCUGCUCGAUAUAAAUACUUCCCAGAAGUCAAAACCAAAGGCAUGGCUGCUGUUCCCAAACUGGUCCUCUUUACCUCAGAACAUAGUCACUAUUCAAUAAAGAAGGCAGGGGCUGCACUUGGCUUUGGAACAGAAAAUGUGAUUCUGAUAAAAUGCAAUGAAAGGGGGAAAAUCAUCCCAGCUGAUUUGGAGGAAAAAAUUCUUGAAGCCAAGAAAAAGGGAUAUGUUCCUCUUUAUGUCAACGCAACUGCAGGCACAACUGUAUAUGGAGCUUUUGAUCCGAUUGCUGAGAUUGCAGAUAUAUGUCACAAAUAUAACCUUUGGUUGCAUGUUGAUGCUGCCUGGGGAGGAGGUCUCCUUAUGUCCCGGAAGCACCGUCAUAAGCUCAAUGGCAUAGAAAGAGCCAACUCAGUUACCUGGAACCCUCACAAGAUGAUGGGCGUUCUGUUGCAAUGCUCUGCCAUUCUCAUUCGGGAAAAGGGCAUACUCCAAGGAUGCAAUCAGAUGUGUGCUGGAUACCUAUUCCAACAAGAUAAGCAGUAUGACAUUUCCUAUGACACUGGAGACAAGGCCAUACAAUGUGGCCGCCAUGUGGACAUUUUCAAGUUUUGGUUGAUGUGGAAAGCUAAGGGCACAGUGGGAUUCGAAAAUCAGGUCAAUAAGUGCCUGGAUUUGGCAGAGUAUCUCUAUGCCAAAAUUAAAAACAGAGAAGAAUUUGAAAUGGUUUUUGAUGGCGAGCCUGAACACACAAAUGUUUGCUUCUGGUACAUUCCACAAAGCCUCAGGGGCAUCCCAGACAGUGAUGACAGACGAGAAAAACUUCACAAGGUGGCACCGAAGAUCAAAGCUCUGAUGAUGGAAUCUGGUACAACUAUGGUUGGAUAUCAGCCUCAGGGAGACAAAGCCAACUUCUUCCGAAUGGUUAUCUCAAAUCCAGCAGCCACCAAGUCUGACAUUGACUUCCUUAUUGAGGAAAUAGAAAGAUUGGGGCAAGAUCUGUAAUUACAAUUGGCAAACCCUUCCUUGCUUUCGUGAGCUGUUCUCCAGAACUGGGUACUUUAUACCCAGAUCUGCAGAACACAGUCCAUGGAAGUUCCCUUUCUAAAUGUUGCAUUCUCCUAUGGCACUCUAGAACAAAUCCCUAUAAGUUGCUGAAAACAUAUAGGCCAUUUUACUGAGGGGAAAUAAUAUAUUAUUGUGACAUGUACUGCUAAACCUUAUUUAAACCUGUUUAUUGUAGUUAGCAGGAAAUUAAUAGAUCUUAAAAGAAGUUACAGAUGAAAAACUCUUUACAGUAUAUAUGUACAGUUAUAUAUAUAUAUGUAUAGUGAGUAGGACCUUAGUAAUAAGCAGCAUGUUUUCCACUUUCAGAGAGCCAAUUCUUCCUUCAGUAGAAACUGAGGAGAAGGUAACAUGCUGCAAAUAAGCUUGCCAAAUGAAAACAGGAAAGCUUUUCCAAAACUGUAGUUCUGUAGAUACAAAGGAAAAUUCUAUUAUCAAGACUUAAUCUUAGCCUCAGUGAAUCUCUGCCUGAUAUAAUGAAUUAGAAAAAGCUAGAGCUGUAAUUAGGGAAGAGCAAGAGAGACUUUGCUCCACUUGUAGUCCUUCAGCAGGUAGAAACAAUUGAGCUUAGCACCUAUUUAGGAAGAAUAAUUAGUCAAAAUAGGAAGCUGUCAAAUGACAGUAACUCCCUGCCACCCACAACCCCCCAUUGGCCUGAAUCCCAGGUGAUCAUCUUUCAGGCCACAUUAUGCUCCAUUCCCAGGUGAUGACUUCACCACCAGCAGCUUCUAGGUGUCUUGGGGUGUCUCCUUCCAAGGGAUCUUGUAUCUUUGAGAUCUAAAGUCUUUCCCCAAGGUCUCUUCCUCCAACCCACCCUAUCUGCCUCCGUUAAAAUUUGUCUUACUACUUGCUCCAGGUUCAGGCAUCUUGUGGUGCUUGCCCCAAGCUCCAGAACUGCUAGUUACAGCUCUGGAAAAGGCACCUUCUGCUGUCCGAAUAGUCAUACCCUCUCCAUUAGUGUCAUAGUACAGGACAGUAGUAGCACAGUCCUUGUUAACAGGUAUAUUCUUGCUGUAUUUUUAGAGAUGAUUUUGUGUAGAUUGUGUAUAUUAUUGUUAAAUGACUUUGUGGAGAAAAAAAUGAGCACAUGUAAUGGUUUCAAUAACUGUUCACUUGUAGGUAUAUGAAAUAUUUGCUUUAUUUAUAUGCAAAGAUUUACUGUGUUGAGAGGUGUCUUGUAUUUUCUUCCAUUUGUAAUGUACCAUAUUUAUAUAUUACUGAAGUAAGUUUGAAAUAAUGUUUAUGGUAUUUCAGUGUAUUUGUGAGCCAAAGAGAAAAGAGUAAAAAUUAGUGAAACUUGCAUUUAUAUUAGAGUGCCCUUAAAAAUAAUCACUUAAGGAUCAUUUUCCUGUCUAUAAAAGGAAUUCUGAUAUUGUACAUAGACUUGAGUAUAUUAAAGUCCCUUUACUUCAAUAGAAGCUGCAUCUUUGUUACCCUCAGUGUUUGCUGUGUGUCCAGUCUUCUGAAUGCUUUUCUAGUAACUCCUGGCUGAUAACCAGGCCCUUGUACCUUUGUAGUAGUUCAGGACCAAGCUCUGUGACUAGCUUAGCUAAAUUCAAUGGCAACAUUUCUGAAGAUCCCUAUGGAUUCAAGGGGAGCACCAACUAUGCUCACUGUUAUUUUGCAGAAAGAACAUUUAGAGUAUACAUGAGAAAAACGAAUAAAUAAAAAUGUUCUCCUUGGAGAACUUGAACAGUG